AUGAUUUUUAUAAAUUAUUUAUGUUCAGUUUUGAUCUUUAUCAAUUUACCGUUUUUUGUCAGAUCAGAAAAUUGUAAUUAUAUAGUAAAUUUUUUUAUGAAAAAAAAUGUAUUCGUAUUUAAGUCAGUAGAAUCCGUAGACUUUCUUCCAAUCGAAUAUAAAACCACAAGUUUUGGAUUCAUUCCAUUGGAUUUUGGAAAUACAACUGUAUACCCUAACCUUAUUACAUAUAAAGAUAAAGACAUUGAAACUCUAUCAGACACUGAAUUGAAAAUUAGUAAUGAAGAUUUAAUGAGGGCCGUUUACAAAAGUCUUCUUAAUGACGAACGUUUACAUGAUGUAAUAAGUGUUUUUUCAAAUAGAUAUGUGGUUAGAAUUGGUUCCAACAACGUGAGAGUCUUCACAUUUAAAUUUGGCGUUGAUGUUGAAAUUGACCAUACGAAAUGUGACAUUGAUCAAAUACGAUUUAUAAAAUCGAUAAUUAAAGGAAUGAUUUGUAAGACCGUUUACGUGUCCGGCGUGAGGUAUAACAUUAAAUGUGAAACUAUCACAUUUAGUUUACUGCCCAUUGACGAAACUGGUAAACUUGAAAUAGAAACAAAAUGUAAGAUCUAA